AGAAACUUUUUUUUAUGUAUAGGAAGUUGGUAAACAGCUAGCUCAAUUUACACACAGUUUUUCUUUGAAUCUCAUAGAACUUUUGCCUUUAAAAAAAAACAGUUUUCUGGCUCAAUCAUUUCGUGGAUAGAAUUUUAGGUGUACAUUUUGUACGUCCAACAGUACUAUAGCAACUUGGGGGCUGGAGCUUGAAGAAAAAAAAAAUGUUGCCACUAAAAAGAGCUGUUCUUUCAUGGAUUCUUGCAGUGAACUACUUCAUGUUGUUGAAUUUGGGUGAUUCAAGAAGAGUUGCUCAAGAAGAAGUGAACAUUAUGGAACAAAUCGCCAUUACAAUGGGAGCAACACAAUGGAAGUUCAAUGGUGAAUCGUGCCAGAUUGAAGCAGUCAGGGUGAUAGCUGAUCAGCCAAGUUGGUCUGAAACUGAUGUUGUGUGCAACUGCAGUAUAGGAAAUGAUACUGCCUGCCACAUAGUAGCUAUUACUCUUAAGGGUAUAAGUCUUCCUGGAGUUCUUCCACCUGAACUGGUAAAGCUUCCUUACAUUCAAAAAGUUGAUUUUGCAUACAAUUACCUCAGCGGUAGUAUACCAACCGAAUGGGCGUCAACCCAGUUAAAUUCCAUCUCUGUUCUUGUGAACCGGUUGUCAGGGGAAAUACCGAAGGAACUGGGAAACAUUACCAGCCUUACCUAUAUAAACCUUGAAGGAAACCAAUUUUCAGGCAUUAUUCCUGAUGAACUAGGGAAAUUGAUAAACUUAAAGGCGCUGUUAUUGUCCUCCAACCAACUGGAGGGAGAGCUGCCAGUGUCACUCUCUGGACUUGUAAAUUUAGCAGAUUUUAGGAUAAGCGAUAACAAUCUCAGUGGGCCAAUUCCAGAUUUUAUAGAGAAAUGGAAACAACUAACAAAAUUAGAGCUGCAUGCCACCGGUUUAGAGGGUCCCAUUCCAUCAAGCAUAUCUCUUCUCAGUAUGUUAACCGAUCUGAGGAUUAGCGACUUAAAAGGACCAAUGCAUGAAUUUCCUCCUCUUAUUAACAUGACAGACCUAGAGAUACUGGUAUUGAGAAACUGCAACCUUUCUGGAGUAAUUCCAGGAUAUAUUUGGAAACUGAAAACUAUACAAACAUUGGAUGUUAGUUUCAAUAAGCUCAUGGGAACAAUUCCGGAUGACAUAAGUGCAAGAAGUAUGCUUAAAUUUGUGUUUUUAUCUGGUAACAUGCUCAGUGGAGAUAUACCUUCCUCAAUCCUGAAGAACGGAAUAAAUGUUGAUCUUUCCUACAAUAACUUUACUUGGCAAGGCCCUGAACAACCAGCUUGUCGGCAAAACACGAAUUAUUACAUAAACCUGUACAAGAGCUCUGCAGCUGCAGGGACUCUUAAGAACGUUCUUCCGUGUACAGAGGAUGUAACUUGUCCAAGAUAUGGGUGUUCCUUGCAUGUGAAUUGUGGAGGAAAUGAUGUUGCUGUUAAAGAGAACAAUAGACUAAUUGAUUAUGACGGAGAUGCUCAGGUUGAAGGUGGUUCUGCAAGAAAUUUCCGCAGUGAUAAGUACUGGGGAUUUAGUAGCACCGGAGACUUCAUGGAUGAUGAUAAUGAUCAGAAUACACGUUUUAUUGAGACUAUACCAUCAACUGACCUGUCUGAACUGUAUAGUAGAGCAAGGGUUUCUCCACUUUCGCUUACUUAUUUCCGUUACUGCUUGGAGAAUGGGAGUUAUAAUGUUAGUCUGCACUUUGCUGAGAUAAUAUUUAAAGAAGACAGUACAUAUAACAGUCUCGGAAGGCGUGUCUUUGAUAUAUAUAUCCAGGAGAAACUAGUUUGGAAAGACUUUAAUAUUGAAGAGGAAGCUCGUGGAGUCCAAAGGCCUGUGAUCAGAUACUUUAAUGCUACUGUAACAGAUAGUGUCUUGGAGAUCCGAUUUUAUUGGGCUGGCAAGGGCACUGUCCGCAUUCCACUUAGGGGACAUUAUGGUUCACUGAUAUCAGCUAUCUCGGUUGACUCAACUUUCAAAUUCUGUUCAAACAAGGACAGAAAGACCACAAUAAUUUAUGUUAUUGUUGGAGUUUUGGCUGCAUGUAUCACAUUUUUCGUACUGAGCAUACUUUGGUGGAAAGGCUGUCUAUGUAGAAAAAGUAAAAGAAAAGAUCUCAAUGGUGUAGAGCUGCAGAUGGUUUAUUUUACUCUGAAACAAAUAAAAACUGCCACUAAAAACUUUGAUGCUUCAAACAAGAUUGGCGAAGGUGGUUUUGGUCCUGUUUACAAGGGUCAAUUACUUGAUGGUACAUUAGUUGCAGUGAAGCAGCUCUCCUCUCAAUCAAAGCAAGGCAACCGUGAAUUCUUGAAUGAGAUUAGCAUGAUAUCCUGUUUGCAACACCCCAAUCUGGUUAAGCUUCAUGGAUGCUGUAUCGAAGCAGACCAGUUACUGCUUGUAUAUGAAUACUUGGAUAACAAUAGCCUUGCUAGCGUUUUGUUUGGUAAGCUUCCAUAUUCCUCUUUAUGUAGAAAUCCUGUUAACCCCUGGGUCAAGAUUUUCAGUGGUGAAUUUUCUGGUUCAGAGAACAGCCGAUUGAAUCUGGAUUGGCCUACAAGGUUUAAAAUCUGUCUCGGAAUAGCAAGAGGUCUAGCUUUUCUACAUGAGGAAUCAAGCGUAAAAAUUGUACACCGGGACAUCAAAGCUACCAAUGUGCUUCUGGAUGGACAGCUAAAUCCCAAAAUCUCCGACUUUGGACUAGCUAGACUCACUGAAGAAGAGAAGACCCAUAUUAGUACUCGAGUUGCCGGAACAAUAGGAUACAUGGCACCAGAAUAUGCGCUCUGGGGCUAUUUGACUGACAAGGCAGAUGUUUACAGCUUUGGAGUUGUUCUUUUGGAAAUCGUCAGUGGAAAGAACAACAAUAACUACAUGCCGAGCAACAAUAGCAUUUGUCUCUUAGAUUGGGCCUGUCACUUGCAACAAAGCAGGGGUAUAGAGGAGCUCAUAGAUCAGAGAUUGGGGUCUGAUAUUAACAAACAAGAAGUGGAAAGCAUAGUAAAAGUGGCACUCAUGUGCACUAGUGCCACUCCUUCACUCAGGCCUAUCAUGUCCGAGGUAGUGUCUAUGCUUGAAGGACGAAUCGCUAUUCCAGAUGAAAUUCCAGAGGCAACCAAUUAUUCCAAUGAUCUGAGGUUUAAAGCCAUGAAAGAUUUUCAUGAAGAGAGGCAAAAUCAGAAGCUAAUUGAAAGCCAAACUCAAAACACCAUAACUAUUCGAACUGACAUGGGCUCUUCUUCUGCAUCUACAACUAAUAUGUUCGAUUCAGUUCAGUUUCCAGAUCAAACGGACACAUAAUGUCAUCUCAUUCCAUGAUCAACCUGGCUCUUUCCAGCUUCUUGUGUUCUCGAGGGUGGAAGACCACCUCCAUGGGUAUACUUGUAAUUAAGCAAUUUGUUCAAUCUUUUAUAGCAGGCUUGCUGUAUAAUGUAAAUACAUGUUCCAGUUUUGAGUCUUAACACUUUUUUCUUGUUAUAGAAGUAGUAGGCUAUGUUGUUGCUAUCACACUUUACAGGAACUGAAAAUGCAGCAUAAAGUCGCCACUAUGUUUUAGGACUCUCCAAAAAUGUUCAAAAAAUGAACUAGACAAGCACACAUCGACAUUUUGGAAGAAUCCCAGAAACAUUGUUUAAAUUCUCAUCUCUGAUCAUACCACCAA